GCCCGUCGCACAUUUUGCACGGCAACGCGGUAGUUUGGAACUGAGAGUUACAGUAUCAAAGCUGGAGGCUUCUUAAACAAACCAAACAGAACUCCAUCAACCCUGUUCCCAUGGCUGUUCCUCAAUUACAGCAGCCCAGUUUCUUACUGGCAAAUCUGAAGGCAGAUUGCAUGAACAAGUCUCUUCUCCAGCAAUGCCAAGAACUGGUGAAGAUAAUUGAUGAGUAUCCUGCCAAGGAGCUGCACUUUAUUUUUCCUUGGCUGGUGGAGACUGUCUUUGGAAGCUUGGAUGGCGUCCUUGUGGGCUGGAAUCUGCGAUACCUCCAGGCCAAAGCAAAUGAAUACAAUAUAGUAUUGGAGUUCCUUAAUCCAAGUGGUCCAAUGAUGAAGCUCGUGUACAAGCUGCAAGCUGAGGAGUAUAAAUAUGAGUUUUCAGUCAGUUAUCUUCCUGGUCCAGUGAGAGCCUCCAUCCAGGGAGGGGUCCUCCCAGAUUGCCCGCUGUUCCACAACAAGCUGCAGUCCCCUCUGUCCGGCCUCCUGAGCCUCAGCCUGUCCCUCAAUCCAUUUGAAUACUAUAUGUUUUGUUUUGCUUCAAGCCUUAUUACUCCAAAGAAUUAUCCAGUGGGGCAGCAUGUCAACGCCUCGGACAGUGCUUAUUUUGUCUUGGUUGACAACUACCUGAAGUACUUUUUGCCUACAGAGGGAAAUGUGCCACCGUCCCCAUUCUCAGAUGUCAGAGGCACGGUGUCACCUCCUGCUCCCAGGUCCCCCACAGUGCCAUUUGCAGGCUAUGGUGUCCACUACAGCAGCCUCCUGAAACGUCACAUUUCGCACCAGCCCUCUGUAAAUGCAGAUCCAGCAGCACAGGAGAUCUGGAGGUCUGAGACUCUUCUUCAGGUGUUUGUGGAAAUGUGGCUUCAUCAUUACUCCCUGGAGAUGUACCAGAAGAUGCAGUCCCCGCAGGUGAAGCUGGAGGUGCUCCAGUACCGUCUGGGUAUUUCCAGUUUGCACUGCAGCACUCCCACCCCGCCCGGCUAUGGGACCCUCCACACGUACCAAGAGCCCUUCAGCCCUACAGAGGAGCACGUCUUGGUGGUGAGACUCCUAGUGAAACACCUCCAUGCCUUCUCCAACAGUCUGAAGCCAGAGCAGAUAUCUUCCUCGCCCUCGACACACUCUCACACCAGCCCUCUGGAGGAGUUCAAGAGAGUGGUGAUCCCUCGGUUUGUGCAACAGAAGUUGUACGUUUUCCUGCAGCACUGCUUUGGUCACUGGCCCCUUGAUGCUUCCUUUAGAGCAGUACUGGAAACGUGGUUAAGUUAUAUACAGCCAUGGAGGUACACUACUGACAAGCAGAGCCCACAGGCGGAUAAUCAGAACCGAAGUGUACCUGACAAAUGGGCCUCAUUUGUGCAGGAGAAUCUGUUAAUGUACACCAAACUGUUCCAGGGUUUUCUAAACCGAGCAGUGCGUACUGAUCUGGUUAAUGCCAAAAAUGCUCUGAUGCUCUUCAGGGUUUCAAAAGUCUUUGCACAACCUAACCUGUCAGAAAUGAUUCAGAAAGGGGAGCAGCUGUUUCUGGAGCCGGAGCACGUCCUCCACCAUCGCCAACACCGCCUCUUCAUGACCCCCGGCCACGGUGGCAGUUUCCUGUCCUCGCGGCAGCCAGUCAUCACAGACUCCGUCUUCAAGGUCAAGAGCCACGUGUACAGCCUGGAGGGGCAGGACUGCCAGUACAAGCAGAUGUUUGGAGCCGAAGUGCGAAAUUCAGUGUUAAAACUGGUCCAGCUAAUAGCACAAGCCAGGCAAACGGCAAAAUCCAUAUCGGCUCACACAGCAGAAGCAGCAGCCAAUCAGUCCUUUCUCUCCUGGCUGGGGUUUGGCUCCUCAGAUCCCAACGCGUCCUAUACAGGCAGUGAUGUGGAUGAUAUGGGACUGGAAAGCAUAAAGAAGACAGACGAGUACUUGGACAGAGUGCUGGACUACCUCCGUCAGAUAUUCCGGCUGAAUACAGGACAGCUGUCCCAGAUAAUGGUGAACUAUGUAUCGACACAAGACGAUUUUGGAUCCAAGCAGCUUCCUGACUGUAUACGGGGAGAGAAUGGGCUGAUCCUCACAGAUCUGGGAAGGAUGCAGAUUAUUAAUGGGCUGCGCAGGUUUGAGAUCGACUACCAGGGGGACCCAGAGCUGCAGCCUAUAAGAAGUUAUGAAAGUGCAGUUUUAGUUCGUCUGCUGUUCAGGCUUUCCUCUCUAAUUAAUGAGCGGUUUGCAGGAGAGAUGGCCUCGCUGUGCUCCAGGCGGGACUUCCUGGGCCGGCUGAGCCGCUACUACUUGACUCGCCCUCCCGUCCCGGGGAAGUCGACCCGGAGUCCGGCGACGCGCCACAGCCCGGAGUGGCAGACCCGGCCUCGGCUCAGCCUGCGGGGCCUCGGCAGCUACCGGACCCUCUGCGCCCUCCCCCUGCUCUACCUGCUCGCCUCGGUCGUCUGCUCCAUGGGGCCGCUCUCGUUCGCCUUCUGCGUUUUACUGGCCUGUUGCCUGUACGGGGUUUUCAUGACUCUGCUUGCUGACAAGAUGAAAACCCAGUAGCAGCGGUUUUACCACUUGUAUAAAAUUCCGUGUCUUAGCGUUCUCCAAAGGGCUUUUUUUUUAUUAUUUUGCCGAUUACUUUUUUUUUAAAUUGUAAAUAAAACAUGAAAAAAAAAUCA